AUUCAUUACGUCAAAAAUAUGAAAGGAUGGGAUCCAUAUUUUCAAUGGUUUUCAGUAAAUUUUAUACCAGUAAGAAGCAACUUAGAAUAUUGAUGCUAGGUUUAGAUGGAGCUGGAAAAACUACAAUUUUAUAUAGAAUUAAAUUAGGUAUGAUGACAAGAACGAUACCAACAGUUGGAUUUAACGUUGAAACUGUCGAAUUUGCCAACGCUAAAUUUACUGUUUGGGAUGUUGGAGGUCAGGAUAAACUAAGAAGACUUUGGAGGCAUUACUUUGCUCACACACAAGGUGUGAUUUUCGUGGUAGACUCUUGCGACAAGGAGCGAAUAGAAGAAGCUGCUGCAGCAUUAAAAAGUCUAACUUUCGAGCCGGAGCUCCAAACAGCGGCGUUGAUGAUAUUCGCCAACAAACAAGACGUUGCUGAAGCCAUGAGCUUAGCUGAGAUCACAGAAAAGCUCAAACUCAAUGAUAUAAAAGAGAGGAGGUGGCAUAUACAAGCAGUUUGUGCUUUGAGAGGAACUGGUAUGUCUGAAGGGUUUCAAUGGCUGUGCGACGAAAUCAGUAGUCAGUAGUUACGGUGCUUACUAUUUUUGUAUUUAUGUUUCGUACUUAUGCUUGAUAUUAAAGUUAUUUCUUUAUAUAUUUUUGAUGUAAAAUAAGUGGGAUAAUUGGAACUAUGCAUAUUUAUUGAGGG